UCUAAAUAUUCUCGCGUCCUCUCCUCUACGUCACCUACAGCGCCCCCAAGUAGUCCAAUGGGUAUGAUCGUGCAGUCUCCUAGCAACCAUACACUAUACGUACAACCAUACAAAUAUGACGGACGAGAAGGAGGCUGCUGAAUCCCUAGUGACAGAUUUACAGAAAAAAAUUACAGAAGCCUUUGAGGUUUUUGACCAUGAAUGUAACAAAACAGUUGAUGUCAGAGAGAUUGGAACAAUCAUAAGAUCUCUAGGAUGUUGCCCAACUGAAGGAGAACUUCAUGAUAUGAUUGCAGAGGUAGAAGAAGAAGAACCUACAGGGUACAUCCGUUUUGAAAAAUUUCUCCCAAUGAUGACUAAGGCAUUAAUGGAGAGAAGGUACAGACCCAUUCCUGAAGAUGUUCUCCUCAGAGCUUUUGAGGUUUUAGAUGAAAAGAAAAAGGAAUACCUCACUAGAGAAGAACUUAUCAAGUAUAUGACUGAAGAAGGUGAACCAUUCACACAAGAGGAGAUGGAAGAGAUGGUGUCAGCUGCAGUGGAUCCAGAGAAGAGUGUUGUUCCAUAUAGAGAGUAUGCUGCAAUGAUGGUCGUUGAUGAUUACUGAUCAUCAAUCAAAGAAAACAGGAGGCAUUUUGAAACAUAACGUUAAAUUAUAUAUAAAGCAGAGUCUUUUAGACUCAAAGGUUUUUAAUCCCCCAGCCUGCUCAAUUUGUUUAGGGCACCCCAUGCAUUAUAGCAAGGUUAUAGGUACAGGUAUGUGACCAGUUAUCAAGACGGCUCGGAUCCUGGGGUGUUCCAGAUAUAAGAGAUUUCCAUAAUUGCAUCUUCAUACCUAAAGUCUACUAACAAUAUCAUUUUAAUCCUUAGAUAAACCCAAUAUAAUUUUUUUGCCUUCAAUAAGAAUGUAAUUAUUUGAUUACAAUGGAGUCUAUUGGAGAUGGCCUUCCUGAAAUUCUGAGCCUUCUGGAUAUCAGAUCAUAUAUCUGUAUAUGAUCAUAUCAGUCAUUGUGCUUCAUUUCCUAAAAAUCUAGUACAGCUACCAAAGACAGUAUAUAUGUACUUUUCCAGUUAGACAUUUACAUUUGAGGCAGUGGUUCACAAAAAAACAACUUUUUGCCAUGCAGUCAGUGAAAGGAAUGCGUGUUUGAAUCUGAGGCAAACACAUGACAAAGUAUGAACAUGGACGUAAACAUCAAUACUUGUAAUAUAGAUGUUUUUGACAAAUAAUGUUUAUAAUAAAACAAACGUUUAUCAGA